CUCCUUUUCCUCCUCUUCGUCAAUUCGUGCUGCGUCCGAACAGUGUCUAUUGAACGUAAAAAUUGUGCACAAGCUCUAUCAUGGCUCUCCUUCUAACGUCUUUUAUAAAGUCAAGGGCAGACUACCAAAAGAAUUGGACGUUCUCCUACUUUCCGAUUUGAUUUUUUCUAUUUCAGGUUCUCUGGAUGGCCAGACUGUCCCUGCAGGUGCAAUCGCGCACUCUGCAUUGAUGCGCCACCUCCGCAAUGGCCUUAACGAAAACGCACUUCAGCUUGGUUUAAACACCAUUUCUAACGCAUACAUUGACGACGACGACGACGGCCACGCCAAAAUAACUCUGACGCCAUCGCGGUCCCUAUCCCAUACAUCCCGCCCACAUGCUAUUCUCGUGGAGCUGGAUCUAUGUUAUAUUUGGAAAACCGCAGGCAAUCGCGAAGGCUCCAUAAACCUUCUCAGUGAUGCCAGCCCGUUCGCAGAUAACCUGUACCUGCCCUUUGAGCUCCUCCUCAAGCGCGUCACAGAGCAGCUUUUCAAUCAGCUUGUUGGACGCUAUCCCCUUAUCUUUGGCACGUGGUGCAGAAGACUCGACAUGGAGUCCGAGUACUUUUCUUCCGUCGCACAGUCCGUUCUCGAAAUAAUGGGUCGGUCCCCCAAUCCCCAUUUUAUAGCACGUUGUAAGCGACUGAUUAAGACCGCACGUGCUCGCCACCAGUCUGUGCUCCGAACCUCCGUGGCAGCUCUCUCCUUGUGUUUCGCCUCCCGUGACUCAGAAGAUUCGGACGAAGGCGAGCAAAUCAGUGCUCCGAAUCUCACACCAGAAGCCGUAUUGUGCGAGUCCUUGGAGCAGAUAUUCAGAGCGGGGGUCCCCCAGACCCGCUUCAAGAGCCAGGUCAUCACCGCACGCUCAACUCUAUUGACUUCUUCAGCUGGAGAUGACGAUCGACUAAUUGAGGAUGAUGCCAUAAUCAACAACACACAAAUUGAUUGCCCUUUAGCUUGGCCCAAUCUCCUUGAUAUUCGCAUGGAUAACUCCGUUCCGGCUAUUGAUAUCCAGCAGACCGUGCCGAACGACAUGGAUGAUCUUUUAGAGGACUGGCCCGAAGAAGCGCUACCCUGGUCCACGUUUUCUGGCGCAUGGACCACACACUCGGACGAUUCUCUUAUCGAAGGCCUAGGCUCUUCAUCUCAACUACGUAGCACUACGCCCCCUUUGGCAUGGUCCUAUCUAACUGAAAGUGAAGACGAUAGCUUCGCGUUGGAUCUAGAACCUGAUCAUGAGCAAGAGGAUGCCAUCAUGGAGGAUGCCGAUUUCGAACGUGUUGUGUUUCACCCAUCCCUGUCAAGUCAUGGUACGAAAUUGACGUUUUUGGGGCGACAAGAACAACCUGGAGGAGUGGAGGAAUUCGACGUGCUUGUUGAUGAAGAAUGGAACUGUGAGGACGAGUUGUUGUUCGAUCUGGCCGACGUAUUCGAUGACUCGGGUGGUGUUGGUGUUGAAGAUGAGACUGUAAAGAGCAAUACCGCGGAUCAAGAAUAUGGUUUCGACACACACUUUGGCGUGGAUGGUCAGGUGGUCCAGGGUAGCACAGAUGACUGUUUUACGGAUGUCUGGGAUCUAUAGUAACGUGUUUUUCUGCAACAAAGUCUGACUUGGGAAACAAAUUUGCUG